UGACAGAGCCUCGCGGCAGCCGCAGCAACAGGCGGCGGGGCCGGGCUCGUGGGGCAGAGGCGGUGGUGGGGCGGGGAGCUCCAGGAGGAGCGACUCGGAGCUGGCCACCGCCAGCAGGGAAGGAGAGCAUCGCCGCCUCCCGCGCUCGGCCGCCGCAGCCCUCCGCCCGCCACCGCGCCCACCCUGCGCUGGACCCCGCGGGCGGCGGCGCGCGCAUCCUGCAGAGCCCAGGCUACGCCGAGCUGCCGCCAGACAUGACCGUGGUGCCCGGGGACCACCUGCUGGAGCCAGAAGCGGCGGGAGGCGGCGGCGGGGACCCGCCUCAGGGAGGCUGUGUCAGUGGCGGCGGCUGCGACCGCUACGAACCGCUGCCGCCCGCGCUGCCCGCCGCGGGCGAGCAGGAUUGCUGCGGGGAGCGCGUGGUCAUCAACAUCUCCGGGCUGCGCUUCGAGACACAGCUCAAGACCCUCUGCCAGUUCCCUGAGACGCUGCUAGGCGACCCCAAGCGGCGCAUGCGAUACUUCGACCCGCUCCGCAAUGAGUACUUCUUCGACCGCAACAGACCCAGCUUCGACGCCAUCCUCUACUACUACCAGUCCGGGGGCCGCAUCCGCCGGCCGGUCAACGUGCCCAUCGACAUCUUCUCCGAGGAGAUCCGCUUCUACCAACUGGGUGAGGAGGCUAUGGAGAAGUUCCGUGAGGACGAGGGCUUCCUGCGGGAGGAGGAGCGACCUCUGCCCCGCCGUGACUUCCAGCGCCAGGUGUGGCUGCUCUUCGAAUACCCCGAGAGCUCCGGGCCGGCCCGGGGCAUUGCCAUCGUGUCAGUGCUGGUCAUUCUCAUCUCCAUUGUCAUCUUCUGCUUGGAGACACUACCCGAGUUUCGCGACGAGAAGGACUAUCCCGCCUCUCCGUCGCAGGACGUGUUUGAGGCUGCCAACAACAGCACGUCGGGGGCCUCCUCUGGAGCCUCCAGCUUCUCGGACCCCUUCUUCGUAGUGGAGACCCUGUGCAUCAUCUGGUUCUCCUUUGAGCUGCUGGUGCGAUUCUUUGCUUGCCCCAGUAAAGCCACCUUCUCCAGAAAUAUCAUGAACCUGAUAGACAUUGUAGCCAUCAUCCCUUAUUUUAUUACUCUGGGCACUGAGCUGGCUGAGCGACAGGGUAAUGGGCAGCAGGCUAUGUCACUGGCCAUCCUGAGGGUCAUCCGCCUAGUAAGGGUCUUCCGCAUCUUCAAGCUCUCCCGCCAUUCUAAGGGGCUGCAGAUCCUGGGACAGACACUGAAGGCUUCCAUGCGAGAGCUGGGGCUGCUCAUUUUCUUCCUUUUCAUUGGGGUCAUCCUUUUCUCCAGUGCAGUCUACUUUGCUGAGGCAGACGACCCUUCUUCGGGUUUUAACAGUAUCCCGGAUGCCUUCUGGUGGGCCGUGGUAACCAUGACAACUGUCGGUUAUGGUGAUAUGCACCCAGUGACCAUAGGAGGCAAGAUUGUGGGCUCUCUUUGUGCCAUCGCAGGUGUCUUGACCAUUGCAUUGCCGGUUCCUGUGAUUGUUUCCAACUUCAAUUACUUCUACCACCGGGAGACAGAAGGGGAAGAGCAAGCCCAGUACAUGCACGUGGGAAGCUGCCAGCACCUCUCCUCUUCAGCAGAGGAGCUCCGAAAAGCCCGGAGUAACUCCACUCUGAGUAAGUCGGAGUAUAUGGUGAUCGAAGAGGGGGGUAUGAACCACAGCGCCUUCCCCCAGACCCCCUUCAAAACGGGCAACUCCACUGCCACUUGCACCACCAACAAUAAUCCCAACUCCUGUGUCAACAUCAAAAAGAUAUUCACUGAUGUCUAAUAGAUGAUACGAUUGCCAUUCUGUGCCCAGUAUUGUGUGGAACAUGCCCCCUUGGUCUGUGUAUGCCCUUGAUUUAUACAUUUCCAGACCAUUCAUCAAGGAAAGUACAUGAAGAAGUGGAA